AUGACAUUCUCCACUGGAAGAGGUGGUGCUGGUAACAUGCAAUACUCAAAAAACAUAACAUCUGAAAAUAAUCACAUCCAACCAGUUGCAUCAAAUCAAGGAUCACAUCAAAAUCCUAAAGUCCAAAAAAAUCAUCAGCAAAAUCCACAACAGCCAUCGGAACACGUUAAUUCUAAGGGAGAAAAGGUUUAUUACUCUACAGGUCGCGGAGGAGCUGGCAAUAUACAAUCAUCUACAUCGUUACCUUCUCCAAAAUUAGUUCCUCAGGGAUCCAAUACUCCACAAUUACAUACAAACAAAGUUUCUACUGGUAGAGGUGGGUAUGGUAAUAUGAUGAAAAAUGAUGAUCCUGAAUUAACACGCAAAGUUCAAGAUGUGGAUGGACCAUCAAAUUCGUCUAAGGAAAGCGAGUUGUAUGCGGUUGCCUCUAAUAAGUCAUUUUCCAUAGGUAGAGGCGGAUUUGGAAAUGUUAUGUCACAUCAAAGGUCUAGUAAUAGCCAGUCCAGUCAAGAUAAGCCUGCUUUGAUGGCUAUAAGUAGCUAUGGUGAAACUUUGAAAGAGGAACAACCUAAGAAGAGUUUCUUUGGUAAAUUGAAGGGUAUUUUCACUAGUGAUGGUUAG